AUGCCGCGAGGUCGACUGUCGAACGGGAAACGUGGGGCGACCAUUCCUAAGCGCCUGAGCUUAGCCAAGAAGGGAAAGGAGGUGGUGCAGCCGGAGCAAGAUGACGGGACGGGCGCCGAAAGUGCAGAUUCGUCCGAGCGCAGCGAGGAGGAUGACGAGGAAGGCUCAGACACAUCGGCUAGCGCCUCACACGAAGAAUCCGCCGACCCUGCUCCGGAGGCGAAGACGAACGACGAUGGGUGUGCGGGAACCGCUGCGCCCAAUGCUGACACGCGCGCAAGCCAAGGCGCGCGGGACACGGAUGUGCCUCGAGGUGACGGCCGAGGACAUGCGGACGGACCUGUGGACCGCACAUGCGGGAACACGUUGAACCCAAACGGCGAUGACGUGCGCAUCCCGAGCAGGGUCCUCGAGCAACUUAUACAGGCUCAGGACAAGAGCGCCAAGGAGAACGCGCGGUUGGAGGCGCUGUUCUUGAAUGCGAUGCCGACGUCGACGAUGACCUUCUACCCGAGCAGCGACGAUAAGACUCAUGGAGUGUGUGCGGUGCUGGACCGCCUGCCGCAUAGCUUCGCGUGCUUGGCGUUGGCGGCUGACAAGUCGCGACGCGCGGACCUCAACAAGACGCUCUCUGAGUGGAAGACGCGGGCCGCCGCCCGCGUGCGAGACAUUGCACUUCCCAAGCUCGGCUUGUUCCGCGACGACAGGGACGCAUCCAGCCCGUGGGCACCAGAGAAGGAGCGCAGUAUCGAGAAGAUCCGGGAGCGCAUUGGGCUUGGCGCUGACCGCCCUGAAACCCUGGUGCUCACGAGCUGGGCGACAGACCGGGACGGCAUGCCGUUUGCCUCUCGGGCGUUCGCGACAUGCGCGAAGGCUGCAUUCAGGCCUAAGAAGGCCGGGCUGGUGAUGACUCUGAAGGUGUACCACCUGGCCUGGUUGGAGCAUGUGGUCUCCGACUGCGUCCUCUACUGGGAGGAGAGGAAAGGCCGGCUUUCCAACUCGGCCGGGGGAAACGCCCACGUUGUGGACGGCCUCAAGGUCCUGGUGAAGGAGGCCGUGGAGAGGGCGAUCCGGAUCCGCAACCCGGAGUAUGACGCGGAGCGCGAGGCGUGGACCUGGGGCCGCCAUGGACUGCGCAUCUCUGCGUGCGGCCUGGAGCACAUGAAGCCCACCGCCACAGCUCAGUCCGAAGACCUUGUGGGGGAUGACGACCUUUCGGCGUCAGUUGGUGCUGAGUAG